AUCUCUUUUCUCUUGUUUUUAUAUUUAAUCUUCUUCUAGUUCUCAUCUUGACGCACCGAGACCGAUGAACUUGGUGGUUUAACACAUCUUCUAAUCUUAAUCUCAGCUCUUAAUUAGAUUACCAACAAUUAGAAACAAUUAUCGAUACCUCUAAUAAUUGUGAUUAACCUUUUCCACCCUUAAUUGUCAUUUGUUUCCAACAAUCCGGUCCAAUAACCAAUAAGCAUCGACGUUAAUUUUGAAAUGAUUUAACUGUUACUCUAAUCAUCACCAUCAUAAAUAGAUUGUCACUUAAUUGUACUUUUUACUUUCUCAUUCCAACAACAAUUUUCAAUUAAUUUACUUUCAAUUUGUGUGCUUCACUGUAAUUAUUUAAUCAUCACCUUAAUUAACUGUUAACAAGCUUAAUUAUGACAAAGAGCCAUUCUAGUAGUUCAUCUCAGAAUUUGGAAACUGAAUCAAAGGAAUAUCUUUUCAAAAUUCUGGUUAUCGGUGAUCUAGCAACCGGUAAAACAAGCUUCAUCCGUCGAUAUGUUCAUCAUCUAUUCAACAGUCACUAUAGAGCAACGAUCGGAGUUGAUUUCGCAUUAAAGGUCAUCCAAUGGGAUCCGAACACUUUAAUUAGGUUACAGUUAUGGGACAUCGCCGGUCAAGAGAGAUUCGGUUCCAUGACUCGAGUCUAUUAUAAAGACGCUGUCGGUGCCUUAAUUUGUUUCGAUGCCUCUAAAUUGCAAUCAUUUGAUGCGGUCAAGAAAUGGAAAGAGGAUUUAGAUUCAAAGGUGACCAUGGCCGAUGGAUCGCCGAUUCCCGCUGUUCUGGUCGCUAACAAAUGUGAUCUAACCAAACAUGAGAAAUUUAAUAAUCCAAGUUAUCUAGAUGAAUUCUGUCAAAUGAACGGUUUCAAUGGUUGGUACUUUACGAGUGCCAAGGAUAAUAUUAACAUCGAGGAAACAUCAUCGCUCUUAAUUUCAGAGAUUUUAUCGAAGGUUCGAUCUUCUGGUAAUCAAGGUCUCGACGCUGAUUGUUUGUCCCUUGACGGAACUUCGUAUAUUGAGGCUAAAAAAGCUCCGUGUGUGUGUCGGAUUUAAUUCGUGGAUUUUGUCGUAACAAUUAAACUAAUCGAACCUUCAACCCAAAUGGAUCUCAAAUUCAAUCAAUCAACUACGAAAGAAAAUAUCAUUACAUUUGCCCUUUUCUCAUCAUAAACAUCAAGCAAUCACAAUUUAGAGAGAAAAUCAACUUUAGAAUUGGAAUUGAUUUAAUUACAAUUAGUUUUCCUCAUACAAUCAAGACAGAAAUUUAAUCAUUACCUUUAAUUACUUAAUUACUUUUGACAUUCAACCGACAAUCCUAAUCAGAUGCUUUUGUAUUAUUCUGCUUUAUAUUAGCUUAACGUGUUAUUGAUUAACCGAUUAAUAAUUUGAUUUAGUUUUACAAUUGUAAUCAAUUGGAAACAAAUCAUUUCUUAAUUUACUUUAUUAAUUUUUAGACGUUUAAACUUUUUUGUUUGUUUACAAUUUUUAAUCAAUAACAUUAUCGAGCUUUUCCUAAAUCAUUAACUUUACUUUUCCCCCAAGUGAUUUAAUAAUUAAAUACAAAAGCAAUUGGUUAAUUUAGUCUUUCCAUCUAAUUGUCAUCAUUUGAAACAACCAACUUAUUGUAUUAACCAAACCAACGAUUAAAACAAUUGAGUAAUUGCAAUGAAAAACGAACCAGCAACAAUUAAACGAAACAAAA